CAAGUAACUAUAUCUGCAUCUAGCUUGAGAAAAUGCACCGCCUAACAAUAUUUUCCCCAUUUAUCUAUCUAUAAAAUGCAUCUCCCACCUGAACUUGCAUUGGGAAAGCGUUAACUUAACCCGACCCGACCCGAACUGACCUAACCCAUCGAUCAGGUGAUCGACGGGGGGCGGGGUCACCAUCAUUAGGCGGUUCGUUCGUGCCCGGCGGAUUAAUUUCGGCGGCUGAUCCAAUUAUGGACCAGCUUUUUCACAUAUUUUUCCACUGGACUCAUUUGCAUUUGCCAGCCGACGAUGCGUUUUUGUUUUUGGACUGCCUCGAUUCCAGAGGUUUUUGGCUUGGGUUAGUGGUUAAAACAGUGGUGGGCAGGUCGAUGACGAAAGCAAGUUCAGGUUCAGCGAUUGAUACAAAUGGAUGGAGCAUGGAGCAAUCCGGCUGCUAUAUAAGCCGUGCUCCGCUUGGAGUGGAUCAUCAGUUGGCUUCCUCAUCUGCUACGUGAAGUUCCACAGUUUUCAACCCCCAAGCAAGAAACUUCCAGCAAUGAAGAUCUUUGUGUGUGUCCUGGCUGCUUUGGUUGCCACCUCGUCGGCUGGCUUCAUCGGUGGAUCCGGCGGUGGUGGUGGCGGUGGCGGUGGCUACAGCUAUGGAAUCGGUUCUGGAGGAGGUGGUGGUGGUCACCAGGAGGUGAAGACCAUCCAGGUGAUCCACCAGGAGGGAGGCGGCUACUCUGGCGGCGGUCAUGGUGGCUACUCCGGCGGUGGUCACCAGGAGGUGAAGACUGUGAAGGUCAUCCAUGAGGAAGGACAUGGCGGUGGCUUCUCCGGUCACGGACAUGGACAUGGCGGCCACGAGGAGGUCAAGCUGGUUAAGGUCAUCCACGAGGAGGGCGGUCACGGUCACGGACAUGGUGGUGGUUACUCCCAUGGCGGUCACCAGGAGGUCAAGACCGUGAAGGUCAUCCAUGAGGAGGGACAUGGCGGUGGCUUCUCUGGUCAUGGACAUGGACAUGGUGGUCACGAGGAGGUUAAGCUGGUCAAGGUCAUCCACGAGGAGGGCGGUCACGGUCACGGACAUGGCGGUGGUUACUCCCAUGGCGGAUUUUCCGGUGGUCACCAGGAGGUUAAGACUGUUAAGGUGAUCCACCAGGAGGCCGGCGGUCAUGGAGGCUACUCCGGUGGCUACUCCGGCGGUCAUGGCGGCUACUCUGGCGGCGGUCACCAGGAGGUCAAGACCGUUAAGGUCAUCCAUGAGGAGGGACACGGCGGUGGCUUCUCCGGUCAUGGACAUGGACAUGGUGGUCACCAGGAGGUUAAGGUCGUUAAGGUCAUCCACGAGGAGGGCGGUCACAGCCACGGCGGUCACGAUCACGGCCAUGGUCAUGGAGGAUUCGAGGAGGUCAAGACCAUCAAGGUCAUCCACGAGGAGGGUGGCCACGCCCAUGGCCAUGGACCCGCCCCCAUUGCCAUUAGCAACGAGUACCUGCCGCCCAGCAACGAGUACCUGCCCCCCGUUUCCGCUCCCGCCCCCGGAUAUCUGCCUCCCUCCAGCUGGAAGUGAUUCCAUACCAUCUCAUUCCCAUCGAUUCCAUUUCGAUUCGAUUCGAUUCGAGCCAUACUGAUCCUUGAGUCUCGUUAAGUAGUUUUAAGCCUUCUUUUUUUUCCUGCCCAUAUUUUUUUUUUACUGUUGUACCCAUCUUACCUCACUUGUUGAACAAAUAUACCAUCUGUAAAUUAUAAAACUA